AUGAACUUAAAGUGGACAGUGAAACGAUUUCUUCUUAUGUCGUUUUCAGUCUCCCACUUGCUGUUUCUUGAGGGAGCUCAGAGCCGACUUUCAGUGGCAGAAGGAAGACUACAGAGAAGGGCUAAUGCACUUCGGAGGAAACGGGAUCUCCUCGGGGAGGAGACAUACAGCCCACUGCUGUCGGAGGGUACCCUGUCACGCAGCCUUUUACACAACUACACAGCCAGAGAUUCUUCUUCAGAAUAUUGUGGCUGCCUCAAUGGUGGCUGGUGUCAGGAGGGCGGUGUGUGUGACUGUGCUCAGUUCCAGGCACUGGGAGACCGCUGCCAGAUCAUACCUAACCAGGGCCAGGAUAGAGACGGGAUCUGCAGAUCGUGGGGUCAACACCACUAUGAAACAUUUGAUGGAAUAUACUUCUACUUCCCUGGAACCUGCUCCUACAUUCUGGCCCAGGACUGCCACUCAGCUACGCCACAGUACACGGUGUGGAUCCACAACAGCAGAGUGUGUGAUGGGAGUGUGUAUUCAUGCCCAAGAGCUCUCAGUCUGUUCUUCCCAAAUGAGGAGGAGAUCCACAUCUCUGGAUAUCAGGUCCACCAGGGAGGCCGCAGGCUAAGUCUGCCUCAGACUGUAGGUGGUGUGUUUAUUGAGCGACUGGCCGAUUACCUGCUGGUGAAGAGUGUGUUUGGCUUCUCUUUGGCCUGGGACGGAGGCUCUGGUGUUUACCUGAAGAUGAGUGAGGAGCACCAGGGUGCCCCCUGUGGCCUUUGUGGGAACUUCAAUCACCUUGCUGGCGAUGACCUCACCACUGCUCGUGGCAUUCGUACUGAUGAACCUGCAGUGUUUGCGAACAGCUGGGCAGUGGAUUUGCCUCAUGAGAGAGCCUGUCCUUCUGUAGAACUUGACUUCAAUGGGCCCUGUCAUUCUGAGUCAGACAUGGAUGAUGCCAUAGAGAAAUGCAGUGCGCUUCUCUUCUUCCCGUUUCUGUCAUGCCAUGAAAACAUUGACCCAAAUCCCUUUGUGGCCAGCUGUGUGUCUGACCUCUGCGUAUCUGAUGAUGAGGAAACGUUUUGUCGAGCCUUGGUCGAAUACACCCGAGCCUGCUCACAUGUUGGGUAUCCAGUGAGAGAGUGGAGGGACAGCUUCCCUUCUUGUUAUGAUGGCUGUGAGGAGAGUUUUGUCUAUAGAGACUGUAUUAGUUGCUGUCCACCCACCUGUACAUUUGAGAAGGAGUGUCUGGGAACCAACCUGCAUUGUCUGGAUGGCUGCUACUGUCCUGAUGGUCUUAUCCUACAGAAUGGAACAUGUAUCGCUGCCUCUCAGUGUCCAUGUGUUUACCAUGGAACAUCAUAUGUACAAGGACAUGUGCUUCAGCAGGGCUGCAGUGUUUGUGUGUGUAUGGGAGGAGUGUGGAACUGCACUGAGAACAACUGCACAGCGGAGUGUUCGGUGGUGGGGGAUGUGUUUGUGACGACAUUUGAUGGCAGGAUGUUUCUCCAGCCGGGGGCGUGUCAGUAUGUCCUGGCAAAGAGCCGCAGUGGCAGCAGAUUCACUGUCACAGUGCAGUAUACUACCUGUGCAGAGCAGCAGGUGUGUAUUCAGUCAGUGACAGUGGUGUUGCACGAAGAUGUGAGUCACCAGAUCACUUUGACCAGAGAGGGGGAGGUGAUAAUCGGUGUCAACCCAGCACCUGUCCUGCCUUAUGUUGAUGAUACAGUAGAGGUCCGGAAGCUGACCUCUGUGUUUACUCAGCUAAAGGUAGGCAUUGGUCUGAAGUUGCAUUAUGAUGGUCGAGGGGGCCGGGUCUAUCUGCAUCUGGACAGCCAAUGGCAUGGACAGACGCUGGGACUUUGUGGAACCUUCAAUGGAAAUCUACGAGAUGACUUCCUGUCUCCAGCAGGUAUGAUAGAGGGCACUCCCCAGCUUCAUGCCAAUGCUUGGAAGGUGUCAUCUGCUUGUGUAGCUCCAGUUAACCUGCCCAUUAUAGAUCCUUGUGAAAUGAACCAGCACAAUGUAUUCUAUGCAUCCCAUUGUGAGGUGCUUUUGGGGAGUGUGUUUGCCACGUGUCAUGGCUACAUCAGUCCAAACGUCUACCAGCAGCAGUGUCGUUACCAGGCCUGUCGUUGUGGGAGCAGCUGUCUGUGCACAGCUCUGGCUCAUUACGCUUACCUCUGCUCUAAACACGGAGUCGACAUAAAUUUCAGAUCACAAGUCUCUGAAUGUGGAGUGGUGUGUCUUGGUGGUAUGCUGUACCACUCUUGUGUGUCUUCUUGUGGGCGGUCCUGUCGUGCUCUCUCGAGCACUGAGACAUGUAACCCUGACGACUGUGCCGAGGGGUGUGGCUGCCCGGACGGCAGUUACUAUGACGAUGUGCGCCAGCGCUGUGUGCAACUGUCUCAGUGUCACUGUUACUCUGUAGGUGGUGUGUCACAACCAGGAGAGGUGACCUUCAGUGCCUCCGGCCCCUGCUUGUGCAGAAAUGGGAAGAUGGAGUGUGUGCCAGAGGAAAAAGAGCCUGAUAGUGUAGAGGUCGGGGAGUGUCCAGAAGGGAAAGUGUACCACAGCUGCACCGAGCCGAGAGGAGGCGUGGCCUGUGCACCGACCUGCCGUAACCUGAUGUUGAACCUCACUUGCCCUCCCAACACACCAUGUAUCCCUGGCUGUGUCUGCCCUCCUGGGCUGGUGCUGCAUCAUGGGGAGUGUUACUAUCCAGAGAACUGUCCCUGUGCCUGGCUGGGCCUUGAAUACCUGCCGGGAGAAACUGUGGAAACCCUGUGUUACAAAUGUGUGUGUCACCGUGGCUAUUUUAACUGCAGCUACUCACCAUGUCCAGCUGUGUGUACUGUCUACAGUGACAGACACUACCACACCUUCGAUGGCCUUGAGUAUGACUACCACUCUGACUGUCAGGUCUACCUGCUUAAAAGUGCAGGAGAAACCGAGGUGUCCAUUGUUGCACAAAACAAAGACUGCUAUGAGAGCGGCAUUGUGUGCAUGAAAAUACUGGUCAUUCACGUGGGACUUACCAAAAUCUACUUCACGGACAACUCUGGCAACCCUAGUCCAUCCACUGUUGUGGGUCGAGGGUCAGAAUUUGAGUUGUGGAAAGCAGGCUACUACACUGUGGUCCACUUCUCCAGUCAGGACCUGACCAUUCUCUGGGACCGCAAGACAACUGUACACAUCAGAGCUGGGCCUCAGUGGAAGGGCCUUCUCAGUGGGCUAUGUGGAAAUUUUGACAGCGUGACAGUGAACGAUAUGACCACCUCUAGCCACAUGGAAGUCAAUAAUGCACAGACCUUUGGAGAUAGCUGGGCCCUGGGACAGUGUGAAAGUGACUAUGUAGUUGAGCGACCGUGUGAAGGGGACUUAGGGAGACAGCCAUACGCCAAGAGGGAGUGUGCUCUCCUCUACAGCGACGUCUUUGCACCCUGUCAUAACGUGGUGGAUGUGGCCUGGUUCUACAGGAACUGCCUUACAGACACUUGCAAUUGUAACCGUGGGGGAGACUGUGAGUGUCUCUGUACGUCCAUUGCUGCAUAUGCGCACAAAUGCUGUCAGCAGGGGGUCACAAUACACUGGCGAUCCCCCUCUGUCUGUCCCUAUGAUUGUGAAUACUAUAAUCAAGAGCUAGGCGAUGGCCCAUUUUCCUUGGUGAGUGCUGUCUAUAAUGACACUAUGUUUGGAGUGAAUCGCUCCAGCAGCUCAGUGUUUCCUCUGGUAACAGAGAGACCAGGGCAGUUGCCUGCCCCAGGCGUACUGUUCAACUUCAUGAUCACAGCAGGCCUGCAGAAGGACAGAACCUCACGUGUCGCUGCGGUGUCACUGGAAUCUGCAGAGAGACCAAACUAUUUCCUUGUAGUAUCUGGGCGCAGCCGUCUUCAGUUGGAGCGCUGGAGUCGAGGGGUGGAGUUUAGUCGCAGGGCAACCUUUAUCCAGCACCAGGGGCUUUUUCUGCCAGGUCACACCUCGUUCGAGCUUGUAAGCCAGCCUGGAACUUUUCUGAUGCUGACACGCACUUCUGCACGUGCCCAGAGAUAUGACACCUCAGAGGGCUUCAAAAUGAGCAGCAGCUUCACACUGGAGGAGAGCAGUUUGGUGAUACCUUAUCGUAUGAUGUGUGAGUGGCGCUACCAGGCCUGUGCGAGCCCCUGUGUCCACACGUGCAGUGACCCAGAUGCCACACGCUGCCAGUUCCUACCUCCUGUGGAGGGCUGCUUCCCACGUUGUCCUAGGAACAUGGUCCUUGAUGAAGUCACUCGGAGAUGUGUCUACACAGAGGACUGUGUGUCCCUUCCCCCGACUCCGACUCCCUUUGCAUAUGUGACACGGUCCAACAGAACUACUACACCAACAACAACUACAACCACUACGACUACUACUACUACUACCACACGGCCGACAACUACCACUACCACUACCACCACCAGAGCAACAACUACCUCCUCCACUACUGUCAGGCCCACAACAACCACAACCACCACCACCACUACCACUCCCAGUACAACAUCAACCACUGAGCGUGUCACCACUCCGCUCACCCCGUCUCCAUCCACAUCUCCUCCUGCACCUCCCACCACUACUGUUUCUACAACUGUCGCUCCUUCAACUCCGCCAGAGACAACGACUCUCAGCACGACUGAAAUGACUCCCACCCCAACCACAGAGGUCACUACGACGAUCACCACAACAGCGCCCUCCACUGUACCCACUGAGGCCACCACAAUCACUAUGACUUCUUCUCCUCCACCCCCUACCACCCUUGUUUCCACCACCUUUACCACACCAACACCGACACCCCCCGUAACUUCCACCCCACCUGCUGUAACCUCACCCGUAACAACUGCCCCCACCUCCACCACUUCUGUCCUUGAAACUACCACUGAAACCACAACCACACCUCAGCCUACACCAGCAGAUACAACCAUCACAAUAGAGACCACCACCUUAAUGGACACGUCAACCAUUGUAACAACUACAGCACCACCUCCUACAACCAUUGAGCCCACUACUGAGCCGGUAACCACAGAUAUAGUCACAAGUCCUGGCACCUCUCCUGUAACAGAAGAAGCAUCGACCACGUCUCCGUUCCUCUUCCCCACUACUCCCUGCACACCCCCAUACUCCUUCCGUAUCGAUGAGUGUGCCGAGCUGAUCUGUUUCAAUGGAGAGCUGCUGCUUCACAACUCCUCUCUCCACUGUCGCUACAGCACCAGCCAGCCUCAGUGCAGUCUGCUGGGCCUGCCCAUCCUUAUUAACACAGACCCCUGCUGUCCACAGUGGCAGUGCCCUUGUCGCUGCACUGUGAUGUCAGACCUGCGUGUGAUCACCUUUGAUGGCAACAACGUUGCUUUGUAUGACAACGGCUCCUACAUCCUGGUUAAUCUGCCCAGAGAGACUAUUAUUGGCACCGUGGAAAAAUGCCCAACCAGCCAGAGUGUGAACUCCAUCAGACGCACUAGUCCAACAGGUGGAACAUCUGGUCUUUGUUUUAAGAAGCUGAACAUCACUACCUCCUCCUACAGAAUCAUUAUCAACCGACUGGAUCGCAAGGUGACCGUAAACUACAGACCUGUCAGGCUCCCAUUCUCCCGUCACUCCCUUUAUGUGGAAGACACAGGCAGCAUGUACUUGAUUCAUACACCUGGUGGGAUCAGCAUACAGUGGUAUCACAGCACUGGCAUCAUGGUGCUGCAGUACAAUACUCCUUAUAAUGCAUCUGUGCCCACUCGAGGCCUGUGCGGUUCUUGUGAUGGGAACCCAGAAGAUGACCUGAAGCUGCCCAAUGGUACAGUGGUGAGAGAGGUGGGAGACAUGAUGCUGUUCCUGCAGGCGUGGAGAGUGCACACCACCGAUGAAACCGAACACACACGCAGAGUCGGAGACAACUGCACCACCGGGGAUUGUUCCACCUGUCUCUCCAUGCUCCGCCAGAGAGCCUUCACGCCAUGCCACAGCAAGGUGCCUCCGGAUCAGUUCUGCGAUAUCAUGUGGGCAGGGGACCUGCACUACAAAGAUCAUCAGUGUGACUUUCUGGCAGCGUAUGUGGCAGUCUGCUACACACAUCAAGUCUGCAUCAGCUGGAGACGACACAACUUCUGCCCUCUACGAUGUCCCCCCGGUAAGGAAUAUAAGCCGUGUGUGAGCACCUGCACCAGCCGCACCUGUCUGAACAGAGAGUACUAUGAGGAAACCACCUGCUCCUUCAUCAGAGAGGAGUGUGUGUGCCGCAGUGGUACCAUCCUGCACCGUGCUGACUCCCCUUACUGUGUAACUGAGGAUCGCUGUGUGUGCACAGAUAAUGAGGGUAACCCCCGGGCCCCAGGCGAAGUGUGGAAUGGCUCUACUCGCAGCUGCUGUCUGUACAAAUGUAUGGAGAAUGGCUCUGUGGUGGCUGUUGAACCAGACUGUAGCGCUGUCCCUCCACCACUGUGUGAGAGGGAGGGGGAGUAUGUACUGGAUGUACUGGAAGAAGGAGCCUGCUGCCCCAAGAAGAUCUGUGAGUGCAACAUGACCAUCUGUGACAGUGAAGCUCCACCUUGUGAUAACGGGAACAGGCUAGUGAUUGGUUACAGCGCUCUGUCCUGCUGCCCCGAGUACCGAUGUGAGUGUGACCCCAUGGCGUGCCCUCCAGUCUCUGCCCCCGACUGCAGGGAAGAUCAGUUCCUAGUGGAGGUCAGGGGGCAAAAAUCUUGCUGCUACUCUUACCUGUGUGUGUGUGAGUCCUGUAUUGAGCCCAUUCCAACUUGCUCAUAUGGAGAAAUUCUGGCUGUGGAUCUAAACACCACCAACAGCUGCUGUCCACAGUACCACUGUGUGUGUGAUGUCAACCUGUGCCCUGAAUCAUCUGUGAGCUGUGCACCUGGUCUCUCUUUAGUUCAAACCACUGUCCCUGGGCAUUGCUGUCCACAGCACCACUGCGAGUGCCAGUGUGAGGACAGCUCUCUCCCCAUCUGUCAGGUGGGGGAGGUGCUGGUUGAGGUUCCAGACAGCAACACCAGCUGUGACUGUCCUCAGCAUACAUGCCAGAAGGCAGAAGUGUGUCUUUUCCAAGGGGUAACAGUGUUGGGACCAGGCCAGUCUCUGGUUCAGUACUUUGAGGGGGAGCUGUGUUACACUGUCCACUGCCUGCAUCACAGAGAUCCAGACUCUGGCUUCUUCGCCAUGGAAAUCUCCUCUGUCAACUGCUCCCAAAAAUGUGGACCACACCAGGUGUAUGUGCCAUCCUCAGACCCUCAGGUGUGCUGCGGCUCCUGUAAAAAUGUCUCCUGUACUUUCACCAAUGAAAAUGGGACGACAGAGCUUUUUGCUGCAGGGAGCUCCUGGGUGGAGAACUGUACACGUUACGACUGUAUGGAAACAGCAGUGGGAGCAGUGAUCCUUGCUUCUGGGGUGGUUUGUCCCCCGUUUAAUGACACAGAGUGUAUUCAGAGUGGUGGUGUGGUUCAGAGCUAUGUGGACGGCUGCUGCAGGACAUGUUCUGGAGUGGGUGUUUUACCAUUUACAGUUAAUCCUGUAACCCCCACUGGUAGUACUAACUGUGACACAGGUAAAGAGGAUGGUAAGACAUGCAAGCGUGUGGCCAUUCGGACUACCAUUAGAAAAGAUGACUGCAGGAGCAAUGCACCGGUUACAGUGUAUUCUUGUGAUGGGAAAUGUCCCUCUGCCACCAUAUUCAACUUUAACAUCAACAGUCAUGCCAGGUUCUGUAAGUGCUGCCGUGAGAGUGGCCUGCAAACCCGCUCCGUCACACUCUACUGCUCUCGCAACGCCACACUCGUGGAGUACAACUUCCAAGAACCUCUGGACUGUUCCUGCCAAUGGAACUAA